GCAGCGCUGUGGUUCUCGAGCAGCGCUCGUACGCUUCCCUCAUACGCACUUUAAACAGGAUGUAGCGACUGAGACAGGCUACGGGGAGAGAAAAAGAGCGGGUUGAACGCGGCGACGUGACGACGAACACCGGUGAGCCAGAAAUGACCGCCACAACGGAGGCGAAGAAGAAGAAGAAGAAGACAGGAGGAGUCCCGAGGAGGCAGCUCACCGCUGGCAGGUCUUCGCGGCUGCUCCGCUGACCUGAGACCCCCAGCACCGCACGGCGUACACACACACACACACACACACACUGAUAACCCAGCAUAGCCGAAAUACUCCACAUCCCGCCGGCGAACCUUGAAAGCGACAAUGGCGAGCCAGGGCGACUGCUGUGUGAAGGUUGCGUUGAGGAUUCGUCCUCAGAUGGCCAAGGAGAAGAUAGAGGGCUGCCAUGUGUGCACGAUGGUCACACCUGGAGAACCACAAGUCCUGCUGGGAAAGGACAAGGCCUUCACCUAUGACUUUGUGUUUGACAUCGACUCAGAGCAGCACUGCAUCUACCAGGCCUGUGUGCACAAGCUCAUUGAGGGCUGCUUGGAGGGCUACAACGCCACCGUGUUCGCCUAUGGUCAGACGGGUUCGGGGAAAACUUACACCAUGGGGACGGGCUUUGAUGUGAGCCUGAGUCAGCAGGAGCAGGGUAUCAUCCCACGGGCUGUUCACCAGCUGUUUGAGGGAAUCCAGAGCAAGAGGUUACGCGCCCAGGAGGCCGGCACCCAGCCGCCUGAGUUUAAAGUCAGCGCCCAGUUCCUAGAGUUGUACAAUGAAGAGAUUCUGGACUUAUUUGACGGAGCUAGAGAUCCAGAAAGUCGGAGCAGGAAGUCCAACAUUAAGAUCCACGAAGACGCCAGUGGCAGCAUCUACACCACAGGAGUCACAUCCAGACUGGUACACUCAGAGGAAGAGCUGUUGCAGUGCCUGAAGCUCGGCGCUCUGUCCCGCACCACAGCCAGCACCCAGAUGAAUGCCCAAAGCUCCCGCUCGCACGCCAUCUUCACCAUCCACCUCUGUCAGAUGAGAGUCUGCCAGCAGCCGCAAAUGCAGAAUGGAGAAGGGGAGAAUGGGGAGGUUAACGGUGUGGACUCCAGCCCCAUCGCCCAGCCGGAGUACGAGACGCUGAUGGCCAAGUUUCACUUUGUGGACCUGGCCGGCUCUGAGAGGCUCAAACGCACAGGAGCCACAGGAGAGAGAGCCCGCGAGGGAAUCUCUAUUAACUGUGGACUGCUGGCCCUGGGAAAUGUGAUAAGUGCUUUAGGAGAUCAGACCAGGAAGGGAGGUCACGUCCCCUACAGAGACUCCAAACUCACUCGUUUGCUGCAGGAUUCACUGGGAGGCAACAGUCGCACAGUGAUGAUAGCCUGUGUCAGUCCGUCAGACCGGGACUUCAUGGAGACGCUGAACACACUGAAGUACGCAAACCGUGCCCGAAACAUCAAGAACAAGGUUGUGGUGAACCAAGACAAGACCAGCCAGCAGAUUAGCGCCCUGCGUGCUGAGAUAGCCCGACUUCAGAUGGAGCUGAUGGAGUACAAGGCGGGGAAGCGGGUAGCAUGUGAGGAUGGUUCAGAGGGGUUCAGUGACCUGUAUCAGGAGAACGCCAUGCUGCAGAGAGAAAAUGACACACUGCGCCUCCGAGUAAAAGCCAUGCAGGAGACCAUUGACCACCUCAACUCCCGUGUGACACAUCUGCUGGCCAAUGAGGUCAGCACUCUGCUGACUAAGUCAAGUGAGGGUAAUGAGGAGAUUGGGGCUUUAAUCCACAACUACAUCCGAGAGGUUGAAGAACUUAGAACCAAGCUUCUUGAGAGCGAGGCCAUGAACGAGUCGCUGCGACGGCAGGCAGCGCGGCUUUCCUCCCGUUCCCUGUUCCCUUCCUCCACUCUCAGCCCUGCUCCGGGCCACCCCCCUGGCUCCUCCCCUGCCCCCAUGUCCAUGGAGGCCGAAAUGACGGACGUAUUGCGCCGAGCCAAGCUGGACAUCGAGAGGCUGAAGAAGAAAGAGAGGAGGCAGAGGAGGAUGAGUCCAGAGCUGGAGAAAGGUCUGAAGAAACGAGUGAAACUGCACACUCAAGAGAACGGGGAGAAUGGGCAGAACGGGGAAAAUGGACAAAACGGACAGAAUGGAGAGAUCGAUUCGGACGACAAUUACACUGAGGACAUCAUGUCCCCCCUGCAGGAGGAGAGUGGUUGUGAUGAAGAUGAGGGGGAGGACGAGGAGGGCAGGGAGGAGGAGGAUGAGUUUGACAGCGACGAGAGCCUGGUUGAUUCAGACUCAGACUUGGAUGAGAAAGCUAACUUCCAGGCGGACCUGGCUGACCUCACCUGCGAGAUCGAGAUCAAACAGAAGCUGAUAGAUGAGCUGGAGAACAGCCAGCGGAGGCUGCUGAUGCUGAAGCUGCAGUACGAGGAGAAGCUCAUCCUGCUGCAGAACAAGAUCAGAGACACUCAGCUGGAGAGAGACCGCGUGCUGCAGAACCUCAUGUCCAUGGAGAACUACACAGAGGAGAAGGCAAACCGGAUCAAGCAGGAGUAUGAGAAACGUCUUAAGGAGAUGAACCGCGACCUGCUGAAGCUACAAGCAGCACAGAAGGAGCAUGCGCGUCUACUCAAAAACCAGGGGAGGUAUGAACGGGAGCUGAAGAAACUCCAAGCUGAGGUCAACGAGAUGAAGAAAGCCAAGGUGGCACUGAUGAAGCAGAUGAAGGAGGAGCAGCAGAGGCGGAGGAUGGUGGAGGUGAAGAGGAACCGGGAGAUCGCCCAGCUCAAGAAGGAGCAGCGACGACAGGAGUACCAGAUUCGAGCACUGGAGUCUCAGAAGCGGCAGCAGGAGCUGGUGCUGCGCAGGAAGACGCAGGAGGUGACGGCCUUGCGGCGCAUGGCCAAACCCAUGUCGGACCGCGUGGCUGGACGUGUGGCUCGCUGGAACCAGACUCCUCUGGCUACAGACUCUGGAGCAGAGUUAUCAGCUAGCACCACAGCGAGCAGCUCUGAACCCGAGACCGGGAGGACUGUGAGCGGGCUGGUGAGACAGUGGAACAACAAGAACAGUGUGUUCGGAUACCAGGGAGAGAGUGAGGGGAGCAUGGAUGGAGCCAGGGUCAUUGGAAGCAGAAAGAAGUUGCAACGUAAGCCAGCAGGCCUGGGCAGCAUUGGGGCAGCGGGCAGAGCCAGCAGCUUCUCCAAGUCAGCCCGUCAGAAGUGGCAAGCCCUCGAGCAUCGCAUUAUGGACAUUGUCAUGCAGAGGAUGACCAUCGCCAACGUGGAAUCUGAUAUGAAUCGCCUUAUCAAGAAACGAGAGGAACUAACAGUCCAGCAGGAGGCCCUCUCGCAUAAAAGGGAGGUACUAAUGGCAGAGGGAGAGGGGCCAGAAGCAGAGGACCGCCUCCUUCAGGAAAUUAAUGAGGAGAUUGAGGUGCUGAACGCCAACAUAGACUACAUCAAUGACAGCCUAUCUGACUGCCAGGCAACCAUUGUACAGAUAGAGGAGACCAAGGAUGAGCUGGACUCAGUAGACACCUCGGUGGUGAUCAGCUCCUGCUCCCUGGCUGAAGCACGCCACCUGCUGGACCACUUCCUGAAGGCCUCCAUAGACAAGAGCUUACAGGUGGCUCAGAAGGAGGCUCAGAUCAGACUGCUGGAGGGCCAGCUGAGACAGACAGAUGUGAUUGGCUCGUCCCACAAUCACAUGAUCCUUGAUGCCCUGCGCGAAAAGGCCGAAUACAUCCCUGAACUCCAGGCUCUCAUUCACAAUGUACAGCAGGAAAAUGGUUACGCCAGCACAGAUGAGGAGCCCUCUGAGGUCAGCCAAGCCUCUGACAGCAGUGUAUGUCAAAUGAAAGAAUCCAACAGCCAAGAUGAUUUCAAGAUAAAGAUGGAGCCUCGUCUGUCGGCUCAGAUGAAGGCGGUGUCAGCAGAGUAUUUGGGUCCCAUCCUGGAUCCCUCAUCAGGCAGCAAGCAGAAACACAUCACCAAAUCCCUGGCCUCGCUGACCGACAUCCAGGAGGAUGGCCUGAGUCUGCUGACAGGGAGUCUGGGGCUCAGCCUGGCCCUAAGAGACCCUUACCACAGGGACCGGGCAUCCCGCACCAUCAGCCUGCCUGUCAGGGGACACACCUUUCCCAGGCAGUCUCGGGGUUAUGACACUUCCCCUAUAACAAGAAGGAAAUCUUACGACCGUGCGUACAGGCCCACUGACGGCUAUACUCCCCCCUCCUCUCCUCCUCUGAGGACUAGGAACGACCGUAAUGUCUUCUCAAGGCUUACCAGCAACCAAACCCAAGGUUCUGCUCUGGACAAGUCGGAUGACAGCGACUCCUCGCUCUCCGAGGUGCUCAGGGGUGUGAUCAAUCCCAUCGGGGGUGUGAAGGGGGGCCGGACGGCGCCCCUGCAGUGUGUUUCUGUUGCUGAGGGCCAUUCGAAGCCAGUCCUGUGUGUGGAUGCUACAGAUGAGCUGCUAUUCACUGGAUCUAAAGAUCGCACCUGUAAGAUGUGGAACCUGGUAACAGGUCAGGAGAUCGCCACCCUCAAAGGCCAUCCCAACAACGUGGUGUCAGUCAAAUACUGCCCUUCCUCCUGUCUGGUCUUCUCUGUCUCCACCUCCUACAUCAAGGUGUGGGACAUUCGUGACUCUGCCAAGUGUAUCCGCACGUUCACCUCAUCGGGGCAGGUGGUUUCAGGUGAUGCGUGUGCUGGCACCACCACCCGCACAAUAACUUUUGCACAGGGUGAGUGCCAGAUCAACCAGAUAGCCCUCAACCCGUCAGGAUCUGUUCUGUACGCUGCUGCUGGAAACAUCGUUCGCAUGUGGGACCUCAACAGGAUGCAAGCGAUGGGAAAGCUGACAGGCCACAUUGGCUCCGUCAUGUGUCUGACAGUGGGACAGCCUCUGCUGGGUAAAGACCAAGUAAUCACUGGCUCCAAAGACCAUUACGUCAAGGUGUUUGAUGUGGCAGAGGGAAUACUGGGUAAUGUAGGCCCAGCUCAUAACUUUGAGCCUCCGCAUUAUGAUGGAAUCGAGUGUUUGGCUGUACAGGGAGAUGUGCUCUUCAGCGGGUCGAGGGAUAACGGCAUCAAGAAAUGGGAUCUUGAGCAGCAGGAGCUCACUCAGCAAAUCCCUAACGCCCACAAGGACUGGGUGUGCGCUCUGGCAUACGUCCCGGGCCGGCCCAUGCUGCUGAGCGGCUGUCGGGGUGGCGUGCUGAAGGUGUGGAACGUAGACAACUUCACCCCAAUAGGAGAAGUCAGGGGUCAUGACAGCCCCAUUAACGCCAUAUGUACCAACUCAAGACAGAUCUUCACUGCAUCAAGCGACAAGACAGUGAAGAUCUGGCUGUCAAAGGUGUGGAGAAAGAGGUGACAACUGAAAUGACGGCGUUUCUUUUGUCAGCCAUCUUGCUGCAACUUCAGUCACUGAUGUGUGACCUGCUCACUCCUCGUAAUGAGAUUUCCAAGGCAAUCAAGGUGUUUUAUUUUUCCCUUGUCUAAGUGCAAAUUGAUAAAGCAGUGGAAAGUGGAAUAUAUUUUCAAAGGCAAAAAGAAUAUUUGCCUCUCAGAUUUUUCUACUGCCAACUUGAAAGUGCCAUUUAGGUGUGAUGCUACUUGGACAAGUUAAACCACAUCUUCCCGGCCAUGGAUAAUAUUUCUCCUGACAUGAAAACGACCACGGGUUGGUAGGAAAAUUAAAAGAAAAAGUGUCCUUCUGUUCUUUCAUCAAGGUUUCAGGAACCUCGUAGAACAGUGAGAGAUGAAUUUGCUCAGAGACACGUGUAUUCGUGUAUCUAUUGUCUGGGAGUCGAGACACGGUCCGAAUUUAAAACCCAGAGCGACGCUUCCUAACAAAUGGAACUUCAUUCAAGACUGUUUGUGUGCUCAUUAGUGUUGUGGUUGUUCUGAUACUGAACACACUGGACGGUCAUACUAUGUGUUCAUCGCAGUUGAUUAUCAGUAGACUAUUACUGAUCUUUGUUAGACAUCACUGGAAAAUUACACAAAACACCCAUCACUUUAUACAGUAUAUCACUGAAACUUAACUGCAUUCAACAAGUCGUGUUUAAUUUUUUUUUUUUUUUAAUGAUUUCUAUUAACUUAUUAUUUUCCCUACCUCGUAAGUUGUUUUGGACUUUGGCAUGAGGUGGGAGGAACAUUUUUACGGGUCUCCACGCACAAAAAAUUUGGUGCUUGAAAUUUUGAAGUCUUUAUUUAAUGUCUGGUUCUUCAUCCCUGUGUGGAUGUGUCCUCUGUGGCCCUCUGGCUAUCAGAGCUGUCUAGCUGCUGACCUUGCAAACAACAAAGCACAUGUCCAGUAGCACAACUAAAGGUAGCACUGGCCUCCGGAGGAUCUCAGCGGAUUGUGUUCUCUGCUCUGUAAGUGCUAACUCUGGCAAAAAUAAGAAGCACUGCUGCAGAUGCACAUGACACAAACAGUACAUGCCUACAGUACUCACGAUCAAAGAAAUAGGAGUUAGGUACUCCAUUGAGGCCAGAGUGUCAGAUCAUUAUCUCAACCAACCUACAGUACGUGGCCCAUACCUGCCAAAUAUCCUCCAUGCAAAUGUUAAUAGGAGCCUGACCACUUUCUCCCUGACUGGUUUCUGCUCCACUCCGAUCUUUAAGGUUAGCGACAGUGUCAGACUGACCAGUCCUACUGAAGAGUCUACUUCAUUCCCAGCUACUGAACUUCUCUGGGAAGCCAAUUUAAUUAGAGGUCUCGCAGCUCUACCAGCUGCUUUUCAGGCAGGAUUACUUGGGUGAAAGUAGGUCAUAACUGAGAGGGAUUUCUUAUUAAAAUCCCAAUUUUCUUCCACCCACUAUUUGCUGCUACAUUUAAAGGACAGGAAGAAACUUCCUGUGCCCGUGCACUGAUGUACAAAUCUUAUUAUGUGGCAGAUUAUGUAUGUGGGCAACACGUACAUAUGCACAAACUGUGGACACACACAAACACAAGAUUUCAGUGGAUGUUUCGGUUAUCCAUCUUGCCUGAUAGGUCUUGGCAUCCCUCGCUGUGUUGAUUUAGUGUCAUUUAAUGAAAUAAAUUCAGCAUUGCAGCACUCCACUGACACACACGUACAUACAUACUCUCACCUGCAGGCAACAGUAAUAACCAAGCUCUCAAAAGUCAGUUCAAUUAUCUUUUUAUUGUCUGAUGCUUCUGAAUACAGCUAACAAACAUUCACGUCACUUUUAGUUCAGGAAUUUGGGCUGUUUCUGUAUGACUCCAAAAUGACAAACAGCAUUUAAAAGGUUUUGGUCAUACAGAUGUCUUGCCACUGUAUAAAAUCCCACCCCAUGUCUGUAAGUAUCACUAUAUCACAGUUAAUUUUUAUUCAGCUCUGAAAUCUCACUCCCUCUGUAGAAAAAAAAGAAUACUUUGGUGAUUUAGUGCUCUUACUUAUAAAAGAACAACAAACACAUAUGUAGUUAAAUUAAAGCUUGGAUCACAAAACAGCAGUCAUACUGUAGGUGCUGAGGUUAGUUAAUACUUUCAGUAUAUUUUCUGUAAAUUCUCCUCCAAUAAGUGAGUAUGCACUGCUGGUAUGUGAUGAAUCCAACAUGAGUUUGAAGCUGCUUACACUCUCCAAAAGCAAUGAUGUGGGUUUUGAUUUUUUAUAUGGGGGGCGGUUUAUGAAUGCACACGUGGAUGGGGGGAUUUGUUGAGGCGUUCUUGGUUGAAAUACUUUGCUACUCGUAGAAACUCAGGUAAAGGUUGAAGGAUAAUUUUAGUCAUACUUUAGUCAUUAAUUGUCCCUGUGAAGUUAGGUAGCUCGUUGAAUUGACCAAAUGCCUUGUUUGAGACAUUUUUUUACUUUAAGAAAAAAGGUACUAUCAGUUUAUCACCCUUUUUUGUAAAAUACUCAUUUCCAUGUUUUGCUUUUGCAUAUGACUCCCUUUACUUAUUUUAUAUAUAUGCUUUUCUGUACAAAAUGUACGCAUCUUAAAUUACUAUCUUCCCAAUCUGGCCAAGGUUGACUGUCUUGAGACUCUGUGAAGAUGUGCACUGAUUUUUGACCAUAAUUAAUGGUUUAGAAAUAUGUAUAAAAUAUGUGAUUUGUAUAGUAGUUUGCCUGGAGUGACUGGUACAAAAUGUGGUCUGUAGGGAAAUUAACCUGCAUAACACAAUGGGCUGUAUACUAUGUUGUAAAGCCAGACUCCCCUUUACUGUACACUAUGUCUUUAUCUGUGCCAAUUAACAAGACUGACCCUGCUCACCAGCUUGGUGGUGUGUUUCAAGUGGUAAUAAUGCUAUGACAGCCUUUAUCUCUCUCUCUUUUUUUUUUUUCCACUCGUCCAGCCUCCUACUUAUUGCUAGAGAAGAUCUUGUUGUACUGUAGCUUUAGGCGCUCGCUUAUAUGCCCUGUGCUUGUACAUUUGCUGAAGGAUGCAUGAUGUUAGUGGUGCUCAUCGGUUGAUUGGACAUCUCAAAACGUAGCGAUUGAGUGGGCUAUACAUUCCUCCUGUAUUGUCAGUCUGAAAGUUUAAAUCCUGAGUGGAUUUACUAUCAAAAUCUCAGAAGAAUCUGGAAGUUUGUCGGCAUUUGAGGUGUUGACAGUCAAUGUAUUUUGCAUAAAAUGUGUUACAAAAAUGUAGAGUGUUUCACAGAAGAUGCUAUGCUGGAAGAUUUCUUAAAGCCAAACAGAAGCCCCAUUAUUAUCUGGCCUCGGAUCAACCCUACGCAAAGUUGCCCCAAGCUCUGAGUGUUGGACUUCAGCCGAUGUCAGCGAGACUUUACGACUUGAUUAAGUGUAAAUACUUGUACCGUUUUAAAUAUUACUGGCUGCAGUCCAGGUUAACUGACUUCUUUCUCACCAGUAACACAGUGUAAUCUCUGCAAGUUAGGAUUUACAUGCACUUUGGAUAAUGAACAUUACUGUGAAUACUCUACAAGCUGUUGUCCAGAUAUGCAUUGAGCCUAGUUUUAGACUUAGUUUACAAAGACUACAUUUAUGAGUCCCAAACAAGGCUUAAACCACUGAAAGUGUAUUGAAAAGAACACAUCUGUUUAGCUCUACAGUAGGUUUAGAAAUCAGUGAUAUUACUGUUUGCGCUGAUACAAUAUGUAAAAUAACAGUCAAGACGUAGACAGUCCCCAGUAUGUCCCUGCCUUUAAAGUCCCCUUUUCAUAGUAAAUGUUACAUGACAAUGAGAAUUUUCACUUUGACCAAGCUGCAUGUAAGCCUUUGAGGAUCCUCAGGAGAGUCCAACUCCUUCCUUAUUCUCCUGGCUGUGUGCUGGCAUUCAGGCAUUUUUCUUGAUAUUUCUGACAACAAACAGGCCAUAUUACUCAUCAUCAGCAUCAAUUAAUUUGGGGAAAUCAUACAUUAUUAUAUUUCCUUUCAGAAAGGGAUUGAGAAUGUGGUGAGUAUUGUUUGAUCAAUAUCCCUCACCAAUCCCAAAUGGGUACACCAGGUGGUGGCAGUUUUCUGCAGCAAAGUGUGGGGAAAUCUGUUUUAGGUUCCUGUAGCUCCUGUUUGUUUGACCAAAGCCAGAAAUCACUUAAACAGCUCGCACACGCUUAAAAGCCCAUAUGAUUGUAACUGAAAAUGUCCAACUUUGGUGCCCCUCAGUGGUAGUGUAAAAAAAGACCCUGUGGGGAAAAAAUGCAUGAAGCCUUCCCCAUUGAUCUCACCUGGGGACACAAAAUGAACCGACCAUUCGCGAAACCCUGCCACCCUUAGUUUCUGUUGCUAUGCCUGUCAUUUUUUCUGUUAUCGCUCCAUACAUUCAGUUUACAGUGAUAGCGGGGGGAGAUUUACCUUAAAAUUCAAAGUAAUCUUUUCAUUCCUCACACAGAAGCAAAUAAAAACAGGCUUCUACAUACAGAAAAGCAGUUGGACAAGCAACACAGUUGUUCAGUGAACAGAGCCGCCAUCUUUACUCUAAACUGUGAUAUAGUGGCACCGUAACUCCAACACAAUUGAUGUUCAGGUGCAGGUAUUUUUCUAACGUAACCUAUAAUGCCAAAUAAUAAUGUAGUUACUUAAUGAUACGCCCCUUGCCUUUGCAAAUAGCAGUAGUUUACUGCUUUCAAUAGUAUGCUAGUUUGCCAGACAUGCAAACAUUUGCAGCUUAUGUUGGAGCAGAUAAACAGUGUUUUACCUAUUCCUUACACUCUUUCUCAAGUGUCUUUACUUUUGUAAAGGAUUAAAAAAUAUUUAUAUAUAGGUAUUAUUGCUUGCAUUACAGCCCCAUGCACAUCGUUUGAGCAUGUGGGGAAACCCGAAGCUUCACAGGCCUGCCAUGACUAAUUGCAUUUGCUAAGCUAUGAAUGGACAAUGGCUAUUCAGGGGUGGGGUUUAAUGAAUGGUCAGUUGGCCGAAAGCAAAACGUAGACUGCACCAAUUUUCACAGGUAAACAAAAGAGGCAAAAAACUUCAAGUUUUGUGAACAGCGGCUUUAGUCAGUCCUUCUACGUGUCAAUAUCGAACCACAGAACAGAUUGGAGAGUCAAGCUGCCAGUCAAACUGAUUGAGUGAUUACCACCUUUACCACUUCCCACCCAGCCCAGCCCGACCAUCUUUUGACUACUAGGAAAUGAAACCUUAGUAGCUAGUGUCUCAGCUUCAGCCUUGUGCCUCAGCCAACAGGCCUUAAAGAAACAGAAUGUGUAUGUAGGACACUGAUAAUCAUUCACUUAACAUCCUGAAUCUGUAACAGAAUUAUUCACAGGAUUGUAGAUUGUUCUACAGAUUGUGGAAUUCUGUUCUAAAUCAGUGGCCGGCUCUUCUCACUUUAUGAUUAUGGCUGAAAAGACUUUCAACGUUGCCUCUGGCUGCUGAGCGGAUGGGAUUGGAUUCAGACACAAUCAAGAGGGCUGCUGAUCAAGAGGACACUUAACUGCUCUGCUGCUUGGUAGUUAAUCACUAUCGCACACCAUCACACGUCUUCUCUGCAGCUGCAGCUAGUUUUUCCUCCAGGUGUAUGUGUUGUCAUAUUGAGCUCACAUGUGUCAAUACAAUAUGCGACACUGUCUGUGAAAUACGUACUUGUGGGACAUAAAUGCAGGGUCAAAGGUCAUUUGUGCCUUUUAUUGCACAGACUACUCCCUCUCAAGAGUGUAAAUGUUUGUACAGUUUUUUUUUUAAUAUACAUAUGACAAUGUGCAUGCGACCAAGCCAUGUAAAAUAUGUUUUAACUGUAAAUAAUGUAAAUACAUAUUUAAUGGAGGAUACAACAUUCCCUCAAGAAAAUAAAUAAGUUGAAAACAA